AUGUGCGUCCGUUUUCUGUGUCGUGUCGGUGUGAUCGCCGUCGUGCUCUUUUGUACAUGGUAUUCGCUGAGCUAUAACGUUCUUACGGAGCAACGUCAAUGCGAUAAUCUACCAUCCAAGUUGUAUGUACAUCCGAUUCAUUCCUCCGCAUCUGCGCUACCAAUUCGGCGCGAUCCGCGGCCGUUAUUUGCUCCACGCAUUCGUUUAUUGCCUCACUCGCUGUGUGAGUCAAACGCAUCCGUGGUCUUUGUGAUUCAUUCUGAUUUACGAAACACAGCUCAACGACAAUUUCAACGGAAACAACUCGAUGAUGCAUGGUUAGAUACGCUUCAAGCGAAACGCCUUUUUGUCAUUGGAAGUGCCGCACGGGAUACGACAGACAAGUACGAAAAAGAGGCGGACAAAUUUAACGACCUAUUGCAAGCACAAGCAUGGAUACAACUGCUAACAUCUUGUCCACAACCGCCUAAGUUUGUUAUCAAACUCGACGAUGAUGUCAUGGUAGAUCGAAUAGGAGUCGAGUAUCUAAUCGAUAGGUACAACACUUCAAAGCGAAUUCUCGGAUGUCGUGUACUCACUCAUGGAACGGUCGUUCGAAAUCCACAAUCGAAAUGGUAUUUAUCCCAUGAAGAGUACAAUGCUACGGAUCUUGGCACAUACUGUCAAGGUAUGGCUUACAUGUUCAGUGGUGAUCAACUACGACAUAUGCGGGACAACAUCUCACGGGUACAGUUCUUAUGGAUGGAUGACUGGUACGUCACACGUGGUCUGCUUUCCAGUUCAAACACUACAAUACUGGAUCUUAGCGAUCAUUACUGCUCAACAAAUUCCGAGGAAGAAUUGGAUGUGGUGCUUGAACGCAAAAGAACCCGUAAAAAUAUGCAACGGACCAUUUUUGCACACUUCAGGCCAGCAGACAAGUUCCCGCUGAAACGUUCUAUACAAACAUGGAAAGAAUUUAUGGUGCUCAACAACCGAUGUACAUAG